AUGCUCCGUCACCCUCUCCUCACCCUGCGCACCGCGCACCGACCUAUCCCCACCCUUCCACGCCCAUCAUCACACCUUCGCAUCCAACCACCAUCACGAUGGCCCUCCCCUCCAACCCCCCGCUCCUUCACAACAUCAACCCCCCGCCUCGCCCGCAACUAUAACUACAACCGCUUCAACUCCAACCACCGCCCCUCCCUCUUCCACAUCCUCCUCACCCGCUCAAAACCGCACCACUUCGUCCUCAUCGGCCUCGGUCUCUCCGGCGUAUACCUGUACAACACGGAAGUCGUCGAGAUGACCGGCCGCCGGCGCUUUAACUGCAUCUCGCACUCGAUGGAGCUGAAAAUGGGCGCGCAGAGUUACCGCGAGGUUCUGGCGCAGUCGCAGGGCAGGGUGUUGCCUGAUAAUCAUCCGCUGGCGCAGAUGGUUAAUCGCGUGUUGCAGAGGCUGAUUCCGCAGGCGCCUAUUGAGGGCGCGGAUUGGAGGGUGCACGUUAUUGUUGAUGAUGGGAAUGCGAAUGCGUUUGUGCUUCCUGGGGGCAAGGUCUUCGUGUACACGGGUAUUCUGCCGAUAUGUCAAGACGAGGAUGGUCUUGCGGCGGUGUUGGGACAUGAAAUUGCGCACGUUGUUGCGCGGCAUCCAGCUGAGCGCAUGAGUAAUAGCUUUUUGACGCUGGGCACGGUGUUGCUUAUUUCGCUGCUAUUCGAUGUCUCUGGGAAUUUGUCGAGUAUGCUGGUGAAUCUGAUGUGGAGUUUGCCGAAUUCCCGGACCCAGGAGGCUGAGGCGGAUAAUAUUGGGCUGAUGAUGAUGGCCAAGGCAUGCUUUAAUCCUGAGGCCGCCGUGACACUAUGGCACCGAAUGCAGCAACAAGAGAAAGCUGCGCCGCCGCAGUUCAUGUCCACACACCCUUCGAGUUACAACCGCGAAGAAGCCAUUCGAGGAUGGCUUGACAAAGCUGAAACCAUCUACGCAGACAAUGGUUGUAGUACUUUUGGAAGCUAUAUGCCUAGCUUCAAGAAGGCGUACCAGACACAGAGCUCGUAUCAUUGGUGA